ACACACAAAGUUGUCAAACGGGAUAUCUCCACGUAACGCGUGCAGACUACCCCUUCGUAUUCAUAGUAUAAAUGUUACUGCAAUAAUAUUAUCGUGGCGAUGAAUACAUAGAUUAAUCGAGAGCAAUCUUAACUACUACAUUAGGGCGCAUAAUACCUACAUUCGGCCAUUAUGAAGAGUUGGGGGCUUCUUCUGGUCGCCGCUUUGGCGAUUGGCAGUAGUUUCGGCGUGCACAAGAACAAUUUCAAGACUUGCGAUCAGUCUGGGUUCUGCAAACGAUUGCGGUCUUUUAAACCCGAAAAGUCGCAGUACUCACUGAAUUUAGACACCGUUAUUGUACAUGGAAAUGUCCUCUCUGCCGAAGUUAACACUGUGGACACAACAACACAGAAGAGAAUUAUUCUGUGGCACUACGCCUUAAGGCUGUCGGCUCUCGUGGAUGGAACCUUCAGAGUGGAGAUUGACGAAGCUGAUCCGUUGUAUCCGCGCUACAGGACGCAGCUGGCGCUCAAUGGAGAACCCAAGGCCGAUGGCCUCAAAAUCGUUUCAAAUGAGAAUGGAAUAAUCACCGUAGCGAACAGCCAAGGACACAAGGUCAUCAUCACAGCUGAGCCCUUGAAGCUAGAGUUCGUGAACCUGGCCGGUGACGUGGCGGUGAUCCUGAACGACAAUGCUCAACUCAUGGUGGAACCACUCCGAGUUAAAAAGGAAAGGGUGGACGAUGAGGAUACUAAUCUGGUGGAAGUCGAGGAGGAAGGCACUUGGGGAGAGAACUUCAAGUCUCAUCAUGACAGCAAGCCCAGAGGGAAUGAGGCUGUCUCCCUGGACUUCAGCUUCCCCGAAGCGGACAAUGUUUAUGGUAUCCCAGAACACACUGACAAGCUGGCCCUCCGCACGACGACGUCGGGCGACCCCUACCGCCUCUACAACCUCGACGUGUUCGAGUAUGAGCUCGACAGUCGCAUGGCCAUCUACGGGGCUAUACCCGUCGUGUAUUCCCACGGCCCGAAACGUACUGCUGGUGUGUUCUGGCACAACUCAGCUGAGACCUGGGUGGAUGUUGUGAAUUACGCUGAUAGCACUGUUGUGUCAUCUCUGGUGAACCUCGUCACUGGCGGACAGAAGAGGCGUGUCGAUACCAGGUUCAUCUCCGAGUCGGGCAUUGUGGACGCCUUCGUGUUCUUGGGUGAGAAGCCCGCGGACGUGUUCCGUCAGUACACGCAGCUCACAGGGUCCGCGCCGAUACCUCCCAAAUUCUCGCUGGCCUACCACCAGUGCCGCUGGAACUACGUGGACGAGGCGGACGUGAGGGGCGUCGACGAUAAUCUCGACAACUACGACAUUCCCGCCGACGUCAUCUGGCUGGACAUCGAGUACACUGACAGGAAGAAGUACUUCACCUGGGACCCGAUCAAGUUCCCCCACCCAUCAGACAUGGUCGCCAACUUGACUGCAAAGGGCCGCAAGCUGGUCGUCAUCGUGGACCCUCACGUCAAGAGAGAAGCUGGAUACUUCCUGCACGAGGAUGCAACUGAGCUCGGCUACUACGUCAAAGAUAAAGAUGGGAAAGAUUAUGAAGGUUGGUGUUGGCCAGGAUCCUCCUCGUACCUCGACUUCUUCGACCCCGCGGUCAGCAAGUACAACUCUGAGCGCUACCUGUUCGAGAACUUCCCCGGGACCAGCAAGGAUGUGCACCUCUGGAAUGAUAUGAACGAGCCCAGUGUAUUCAAUGGCCCUGAGAUCACGAUGCCCAAGGACUGCCGUCACUACAAGCCCCCCCAGGACGGAAACGAUGGACUGGCAGCCUUCUGGGAACAUAGACACGUCCACAACGAGUACGGUCUGUGGAACGUCCGCUCGACUCACGAGGGCAUGUUGCAGCGCGUCGACAACAAGUACCGACCCUUCAUACUCACCAGGUCCGCCUUCAGUGGCACGCAGAGAUACGGGGCAGUGUGGACGGGUGACAACGCGGCGGAGUGGGGCUUCCUGGCGGUGUCGGUCCCGAUGUGUCUGUCGCUGAGCGUGGCCGGCGUCAGCUUCUGCGGGUCGGACGUCGGCGGCUUCUUCAAGUACCCCGAGCCUGAGCUCAUGACUAGGUGGUACCAGGCGGGCGCGUUCCAGCCGUUCUUCCGCGCGCACUCGCACAUCGAGACGAAGCGGCGCGAGCCGUGGCUGUACGAGGCGCCCACCACCGCGCUGCUGCGCGACGCCAACCGCAGGAGAUACGCGCUCAUCGACUUCUGGUACACACUAUUCUACGAGCACUCCGUCGACGGUCUCCCGGUGAUGCGGCCGCUGUUCCAGGAGUACCCCCACGAGGAGGACACCUUCACCAUCGAUGAUCAGUACUUACUCGGCGACAAGCUCCUGAUCCGGCCGGUGGUCCAGCCGGGCGUGAGCAGUGUCCCGGUGUACCUGCCGGGCGCCGCGCAGCGCACGCUCUGGUACGACGUGGACUCGUACCACGCGCAUCAUGCGGCGGGAUACUUCACGCAGGAUGUUACUAUAUCUAAGAUCCCAGUAUACCAGCGCGGAGGCAUCAUCAUCCCUCGUAAGGAGCGCAUCCGCCGCUCGUCCUCGCUCAUGGCCGACGACCCCUACACACUGGUGGUUGCUCUCGAUGUUAAUGGCACGGCGCAAGGCUCUCUAUACAUCGACGACGGCGAGUCGUACGAGUACCGCAACAACAAAUACAUCUACGCUAAGUUCAAAUACGAAUCCAACGCAAUGACUUACUCAUUCCCCAACGAGAACGCUCACUACCCAACCCGCUCUUGGGUAGAGCGCAUCGUGAUCGCCGGCAUCAAGACCCCUCCUAAGACAGCCAAGCUGCACCAGGGAGACAAGCAGCUGUCACUCCAGAUGACUCUACACAAGGGUAACGAUGUCCUGGUGGUCAGGAAACCAGGAGCCAACAUGGCACACCCAUGGAAGAUCACAUUUAGCUAUUAGGUACAAUUUACUCGCCCAAGAGUUUGUUUUCUAACUGCGUUUGUUGUAGACUGUUCUGCUGAUUGUAAUUUACCUUCAAAUCAAAUGAAAUAGUUGUUUUUGUCUUCUGGUAUUGAGGCUAAAAUUGUGUGUUGAGAUAAUGUUAGACUUUAAAUGAAAUCGAAUUAAUCAAAUUGAAGAUGUUAGACACUAAAAUGCUUUGAUAACCUGUGAUAGGAACAAUUAUGUCUUAAUUACAAGUCCUAUGCAUCAAUCAAUGCUUGGGCUCAGUCAACUGCAGAGGCCAUUUGAAAAGUCUUUGAUCUAUGAGCUAUAUGCGUGCGUAAAACCUUGUUUAUGCUAGCAUUUUCAACUAUAAUAAUAAUAUUGUACCACAAGACAUAAAACGCCAAUACACUACCAGCAAAUAAAAUGUUUACAAUAAACGCGCAGUUAUUCUAUAAAUAUUAGUUUUGCGUUCGGUUUGACACCAGAGUAGCUGUGAAUGUUAACACCAUUUACCCGACCGCUACAGAAGGGUUAUGUUUAUACAAAAUGGUUGUUGAUGGCAAAGUUGUAAGGUUAAUUCUAACGUUUUAGUUAUCUUUUAACAUGCAAUCAUCAUAUUUAUAUUUAAUUACAUUUUUAAACUCAGUGACAACUCUCUAUGUGUAGUAUUGUCUUCCAACUACAGCCAUUUUGUAUAAAACUUACCUUGAAUAGGAAAUAAAAUACGUAAGAAAGAGAAAGCGGUAUAUAAAAGUAAUGCUUUAGAAAGAGAAGUACGAUUUUGGUUGGUCUGUGACAAGUGCGACAGUGUUAAAACGAACUCAACUCUAAGACCAAGCAGUAAGGACUAGAUUACAGUGUAUAUGAAACUCAGUGAGAUGUUACACAAUUUAAAAAUCUAUCUAGUAAUUAUUUUUAGUGUUACUCAGAUAUUUUUAGAACUGCAUGUUGUUGUAAAUAGCUCUUCGUAUUUCACAUAAACUUAAAGGUAGAGUUCGUAAGCCACUUUAUUAGAGACUAAAGUAACCUCGUGUAUGGAGGGCUUUAGUCUGGUACUAAGGGCUUUUAGUCAUUUGGUCUUGUACUAAGGGCCUUAAUCUCCUAUUAGAACCCUUGGUCUUAUAAAAAAUAUCUUAGUCGCGUGCGAGGAGCUUUAGUUUCAACAACAUGUAAGCACUUCAGUCAUAGCAAGACUCACGAUUGUGUAACACCUAUAGUGCCUGUACACAAGUUACAUUUCGCUGAAAACCAACGAAUCACUCAAAUGUACUGAACUUGAAACAAAAAUCGAAGUCACGUGAUUUGUCAAUCCGUUUUGUACAUUUGAAGUUUUCAAUUCGUUCCCUAUAAAAAUACGGUGUAACUCUAUCCCGGCAUUCAGUCCUUAGUUGUAAUGAUAGUACACUUAGCGUAUUUUAUCGCUCCGUAAGAUUAUAAGUACCUUAACUGUUUUUUUUUUAUUUAAAUACAAUAUUAUUGUAUCGUCAUAUCAUCUUCAUAACUGCCAAUGUUUGUUAAAUUGGUAUUAUUGAUGACUUCUCUAAGAAGCUUCGGUAUCUCAGUUAAUUUAGAUGUUUAGAACAAAUAUAUAUUUUGAGUGAAAUUAAAAUGUUAGAAUUAUAUUCAAACUAAUAUGUAGUUGUAAUUAAUGUUCUUGAUGUGCGAUUUUUGAAUAAACACAUUGUACUUCCCGAUGUAGCUGUGUAAAGCACACAAUUAAAUGAAACAACAUUUUAAAUAUUAAAUCAAAAUAUUACAAGCUGUUUUUAAUUGAAUAUAGUAUUCAAUUUUGAUACUCUUAAAGUCUAAAUUUGAAUGCACGUCUUGUUCAUUAAAACUUGUUCCUCAGUAUAUAAAAGUUUGUGAAUUACAAAUAUUUUAAGAUUAUGUUUCGGAAUUACAACCAGUUAUUAUAUUUCAAUGUAAGUAAUAUCGAAUGUGACAUCAUUCUAGUUGAAUUGGUUCGAGAGAUGAACGAUGUCAAGCUUUGACGUAACGGGUAUGCGGUAAUGAAGGAUUUUAUUAUGUAUGUGAUAAUAAAUACUUUUUAGUAAUUA